UAAACCGUGCGCACCGUGAGUUCGUCCCCGGGCCGCGGCGCCUCCCGCACGCGGCGCUGGAGGCGUGUUCACCGGACAGACCCAGAGCCGAGCCCCGGAGAGAACCAGGGGAGAACCAGGGGAGAGCGCCCCGAGCCCCGCGCAGCCCCGAAACGGACGCUUUUCACGGGAGAAAACGUGAGCCCACCGCCGGGGCUUUAGUCCGGCGCCGGAACCGAACCGAACCGAGCGCGCUGUGAGUCUUGGACCUCUGGAGCCAUGUGCCCCUGGCCCCUGCUCUGAGGGCCCCUGCUCUGAGGGCCCCUGCUGUGAGGGCCCCUGCUGUGAGGGCCCCUGCUCUGAGGGCCCCUGCUGUGAGGGCCCCUGCUGUGAGGGCCCCUGCUCUGAGGGCCCCUGCUGUGAGGGCCCCUGCUCUGAGGGCCCCGGCUCUGAGGGCCCCGGCGUGAGGGUCCCUGCUGUGAGGGCCCCGGCGUGAGGGUGGCGGGCGGAGGAUGGCAGGUGAGCUGUACCCAGGCUCCAACAAGCUGGUGCCCUCUGAGAGCAGCUCCACCCUCCAGACCCACACCCACAACCUGAGCCCCAGCGUCAGCAGCAGCAGCAGCAGUGCAGGCAGCACCGCGGGCACCACAGCGGGCACCACAGGGGGCGCCGCCGGGGGAGGCUCCAACUGGCAGGGCCUCUUCCCCACCAUAAGAGAGAGGAACUCGGUCAUGUUCAACAAUGAGAUGAUGGCCGACGUGCACUUUGUGGUCGGACCCCCAGGAGGAACACAGAGAGUCCCAGGCCACAAGUAUGUUCUGGCUGUGGGCAGCUCUGUGUUCCAUGCCAUGUUCUACGGAGAACUGGCAGAAGACCAGGACGAGAUCCGGAUCCCGGACGUGGAGCCGCCGUCGUUCCUCGCCAUGUUGAAGUACAUCUACUGUGAUGAGAUCGAUCUUUGCGCCGACACAGUUUUGGCGACUCUGUACGCGGCGAAGAAGUACAUCGUGCCUCACCUGGCUCGCGCCUGCGUGACGUUCCUGGAGACGAGCCUGAGCGCGAGGAACGCCUGCGUGCUCCUGUCUCAGAGCUGCCUGUUCGAGGAGCCCGAGCUGACGGAGCGCUGCUGGGAGGUGAUCGACGCUCAGGCCGAACUCGCCCUGCGCUCCGACGGCUUCUGCGACAUCGACGCCGUCACGCUGGAGAGCAUCCUGCAGCGGGAGACGCUCAACGCCAAAGAGAUGGUGGUGUUCGAGGCGGCGCUGAGCUGGGCCGAGGCCGAGUGCGGCCGCCGCGACCUGGAGCCCACCAUCGAGAACAAGAGGCGGGUCCUGGGCAAAGCCAUCUACCUGAUCCGCGUGCCCACCAUGGGCCUGGAGGACUUCGCCAACGGAGCGGCGCAGUCCGGCGUGCUCACGCUCACCGAGACCAACGACAUCUUCCUGUGGUACACGGCGGCCAACAAACCCGAGCUGCUCUUCUGCACCAAACCGCGCAAAGGCCUGGCGCCUCAGCGCUGCCACCGCUUCCAGUCGUGCGCCUACCGCAGUAACCAGUGGAGGUACAGGGGGCGCUGCGACAGCAUCCAGUUCGCCGUAGAUAAACGCGUCUUCAUCGCCGGCUUCGGUCUGUACGGCUCCAGCUGCGGCUCGGCCGAGUACAGCGCUCGCAUCGAGCUGAAGAGGCAGGGCGUGGCCAUGGCCCACCGCCUCAUUAAAUACUUCUCCGACGGUUCCUCCAGCACGUUCCCCGUGUUCUUCGAGCACCCGGUGCAGAUAGAACCCGACACCUUCUACACGGCCAGCGUCAUCCUGGACGGAAACGAGCUCAGCUACUUCGGGCAGGAGGGAAUGACCGAGGUGCAGAGCGGGAGGGUCACCUUCCAGUUCCAGUGCUCCUCAGACUCCACCAACGGAACCGGCGUCCAGGGAGGACAGAUCCCAGAGCUCAUCUUCUACGCCUGACCCACCUCUGACCAUCUUCUGCUCCAUCAGACCAUCCUCUGACCCUCUCUUGCUCCUCUGCUCCAUCCUCUGCUCUUAUCUAAACAGAUUGUCCUGAGGACUCCACACUGAGGAGCAGGAGCAGCAGGAGGUCCUCUUUGAACUCUUCUCUUUAACCUCAGACACACGUUUCUUUGAGGGUCAGACUGAGGAGAUGUUUGAGGGUCAGACUGAGGAGGUGUUUGAGGGUCAGACUGAGGAGAUGUUUGUGAGGGUCAGACUGAGGAGAUGUUUGAGGGUCAGACUGAGGAGAUGUUUGGAGCUGGUUCCUUGAGGAUCCUGUGAGCUCAUGAACAGAAUGAACUCAUUUGUGUAAAAAUUUUCCUUUAAAAAAGAAGAAAAUUAAAACUUUUUGUAUAAAUGUAACGUCAUUAACCUUUCAAAUAUAUUUUAAAUUCAUUCAAAUGUUUUUGUAAAAAUCUGGGUUUGUGAAGAAAACAGCGCUCGGUUUCAUCAAGAACAGAGCCAAGGUUUAGACCUGGUGUAGACCUGGUUUAGACCUGGUUUAGACCUGGUUCAGACCUGGUUUAGUCCUGGUUUAGACCCGGUUUAGACCUGGUUCAGACCUGGUUUAGACCUGGUUUAGACCUGGUUUAGACCUGGUUUAGACCCGGUUUAGACCCGGUUUAGACCCGGUUUAGACCUGGCUCAGACCUGGUUUAGUCCUGGUUUAGACCUGGUUUAGACCCGGUUUAGACCUGGUUCAGACCUGGUGUAGACCUGGUUUAGACCUGGUUCAGACCUGGUUUAGACCUGGUUUAGACCUGGUUUAGUCCCGGUUUAGACCUGGUUUAGACCUGGCUCAGACCUGGUUUAGUCCUGGUUUAGACCUGGUUUAGACCUGGUUGGUCUUUAGUCUCGUGUCUGUUUGUUUGAUGAAGUGGCCUUAAAUUGUGUUUAAUAAAAAAACAUAUUUUACUCAA